GGCUAGCGUUAUAAUUAAUGAUUAUCACUCACCUAGGGCUAAGAUAAUGAUGCCACUUUCAACUGUAUCACGGCACAGUAAACAAACGACAAGUCGACACCAGUGAAGAGGCACAUGGAUUAGGAUAAAGUGUAGUUUGGCAAAGUUAUUCAGCAUGGACGUGAACGGAUCAACAGUUUGGCAAAGAUGUGCAUGUUUUAUUAAUGCUCUUGGUUUUUCCUCACCUGCUCAGAGACCACGCACCAACUUUAUUUUCACAACCAAUGAGAUUUUUCAUCGCUGAGAAUGAAUGGCACGCUGUGAACUGCGGAUAACCUCUCAGUCGAUCUCUGUUUACAAAAGUAUGAGCCGGGCUCUAUUGAAUGUGAGCUCAAAUAUGGUUCACCGUGUCCUCCGUGUUGGUUUUUUUGUAUUUGUAUUUAAAAAAAGGGUUCCACUGAUAGACUAGAAUGAACGCCCCCGUGUAUAUCUCACUUUAGACUGAUUUACGAUGAGUCGCUCUCAGGUGAAUUCCGGUAUCUCUUGUUGAGUUUAGUAGGCUUAGGUAAGAGUAAUGCAACAAAUUCUCUUUGAGGGAAGAAGUUCGGUUCAAUAAUGCGCUUUCUGGGAAAGCCCCAACCGAAUCAGAUCUGCAGCAGGAAAGAAAACGCAGAAGCUGUUUAUGGAAAUCGUUAGCAGCAACAUUGAAAAGACUCACAUAAUGUAGGGUCCCCCACCUCACCACUGAUCGAGACCCAAUAAACAGGACUAAACACAUUAUGAAUGGCAAUGUGUUAUAAGUCCGAUCGCUUACCUGCCCCCACCUCCUACCAUGUUUGGAAUGAUGGUCAGACCAUGCAGCGUGCAAUCACAUUUAUAUACAGGAUCGCUUCAAUGGCUCUGAGGUGGAAACCCCGCCUGUGGGCAGUCCCUAGCGGAGGGAUUAUAUUAUAACAAGGAACGCGUGUCUCCGGAGACAAAUCUCAAUUCGGCUGCAACUACCUCACACUUAGUAGUGCUUCCUGACCCCUCCUACAUGAGCUUUUUUUUUGCCCGAGACCAAGUGAUCCUCCGUGUUCAGGAACCCUAAAGCGAGACACCUGCUGCGGUAGCAUCAGUCUUACUCCGGCUUGUCAUUUUGAUUUAAACCAGCCGUAGCAUCGCGGGGUUAAACAAGUGAUCGGUACGGGAGGAGGAUAUUUGUUUGUGGAAAGAAAAAAAAAAAACAAAAGCAAUGAAACUUGAAGUUUUCUCCGCCAGCCACCACUUCGUCACCAAGCCGAUGGAGUUGUGCAUGGACGCCGAGGGGAACGUCCCCUCCCCGCUGUCCGGAGACGAGCUGGGCUCUGAUGGAGACUGCGUCGCCAACAGCCCGGCACCUGUCGCCCAAGGCGGAGAUGUCAAGGGAAAGCCGUACACCCGGAGACCCAAGCCCCCUUACUCCUACAUCGCUCUCAUCGCCAUGGCCAUCCGGGACUCGAACAGCGGUCGCCUCACCUUGGCGGAGAUCAACGACUACCUCAUGAAGAAGUUCCCCUUUUUCCGAGGCAGUUACACCGGCUGGCGCAACUCGGUGCGUCACAACCUGUCGCUGAAUGACUGCUUCCUCAAAGUGCUGCGGGACCCCUCCAGGCCCUGGGGGAAGGACAACUACUGGAUGCUGAACCCGCACAGUGAGUACACCUUUGCCGACGGGGUGUUCCGACGCAGGAGGAAGCGCAUAAGCAAGAGGAACCCGAAGGAGCACGAAAGAGACCCUGAAGCGCACACUUCAAGCGAUGACAUGCGCAUCCCCGUUCCAGUUGGCUUACCGCCCGCCCGGGAGGAGAAGGCGGAAGCCAAGUUUUCCAGCUCCUUCGCGAUCGACAGCAUCCUCAGCACACCGUUCAAACGAAGAGAGGAUAGCCGCCAAACGAUCGGGAACGUCAGCACCGAUCUCCGGCUCUACUGGCCGGUCGAGGCCCACGCAAUACCGUGCGCAGCUCACUACCAGACGGGAGGCGGUCCAACCCAGCACCCGUACCACCGGUACAGCCUGGCGGAGGCCGCUUACAGCACAGAGAGGAGCCGGGACGCGCUCACUUACCUCCAGCUGACGUCACAGGCCAUGCCAAACUCAGUGACAUUCUCAUCUCUGAAGAUGCCCAAAGCCCGGGGCGGCAGCUUUCUGAUCGACUCUUUGCUCUCAUAAAGUUUACACAACGGACAAAAGUUACGACCUGCAUCUCGCAUAUGCAUGUGCACUUUUGUUGGACGCCUCCCAGUUUUAGUGCUUAGGCUUAAUGAUUUUGGACUCUAUAUCAUAAUUGUAUGUUUCAACAAUAGUGGCCUAUCUUUGUAGUGGUUAAAAUUUAAGCAAAGUGUGAGGCAUUUGCAGGUCAUACAGCUGCGUGUGCAUCCAUGCGAAUGUGUGAAAGUGAUAUUUUCAUGGUUCAAUGGUCAUUUCUACUGUACGAAGGCAAAAAAAAAGUUGCGAAAUGUUGAAAUAUAUAUAUAGAUAGAUAUAAAUAUCUAUCUAUAUAUAUGAUCUAUUUAUAAUGCAUUGUUUUCGUUUGACAUGGCGCAUCAGAUAUUGUACAAAUCUGUUUUGAGUGGGCUGUAAAUAUGUGGCCAAUGGCUCAACAAGAUGAGCCUGAAAAUGCUAUUUUACCUGAUAUUGAUUCAAGCAUGUGUUAUUUUAUUAAUAAAGAUGUGACAAGUGGAA